CCUCAAUGCCACCAACUUCUAUUUCCAUCAUUUUAAUUCCCUAGAAAGAAUUCGGAUAUACUGGUUUUGAUUCUCUUCGGUCUCAUAUCGCUCCUUCUCAUUCUUUGAGACUCGUUUUCGCUCUCGUUCGGGUUCCCACAUCAUCCGCGGUCCAUCAUGAGUUCGGGUUCCAGGCUGGUCAGCAAUGCUGCAACCAGGAGAAUGUUGUUGCAAUGCGAGUAGCCCUACCUGCUGUGUGGUCGAAGUAUGCGCUGACGGCCUGUAGCAUCCUCGCGCCUUCCACAUUCCUCACUCUUAGCCUCCCAUUCAGCUCGAUCCCAAUUCACCCGGAGUCUGCCACCGAAAGUACAGGCGCUGGCCAUCCUCUUGCCCAAGAGGAAUUAUGCUACAGAGACCAAUACACAUGGUUCUGACAGUGGACCGCCACCAGGUUUCAACAUUGAUGAGGCGAAGAAACCGUUGCCGAAGGGGGCUGACAAGGAAGCAUCUCCGACUCCUACCGUUGCCGAACUCAAGGACUCCGAUGAGCAACUCAAGACGCCAAAAGGGGGCGCGACCAUGAUUGACAAGACAAAGGCUCUCGAAAAGGCCACAUUGAGUGAAUUGGCUGCCAAAAAGGCCGCGGAACCCGCACAAUCCGCUUCCACCUCCGUGGCGAACAAGAAGGAAGAGUCAAAGAAACUCACAAUUGGUCAAAAGAUCAAGAAAGAGAUCAUGCAUUACUGGGAUGGCACCAAGUUGUUGGCUGCCGAAGUUAAGAUAUCCUCAAAACUCGCUUUGAAGAUGGCUGCUGGAUAUGAACUCAGUAGAAGAGAAAACAGACAACUUCAGAGAACCGUUCAGGAUCUGGGCCGCUUGGUUCCCUUCUCGGUUUUUGUCAUCGUCCCCUUCGCCGAACUGUUGCUACCAGUCGCUCUCAAGCUCUUCCCUAACCUCUUACCCUCCACCUACGAAGGUCAAAAGUCCCGCGAGAACAAAGCUGCACAACUGAGGGAGACACGCAAGCAAGUCUCUUCGUUUCUCCGGAACACUCUACGGGAGACCGGCCUGCCUGUCUCAGCAAUUAAUGCAAAGAAGGAGGAGUUUACAGAAUUUUUCCGGAAAGUCCGCGCUACCGGAGAAUCUCCCUCAAAAGAAGAUGUGAUCAAGGUCUGCAAGAUUUUCAAGGACGACCUGACACUGGACAAUCUUUCCCGACCACAAUUGGUUGGCAUGUGCAAAUACAUGAACCUGAAUACUUUCGGUACAGAUGCCAUGCUCCGGUAUCAGAUUCGCCACCGCAUGCGACAGAUCAAACGAGACGACAAGGCCAUAUCAUUCGAAGGCGUCGACUCGCUUUCGGUCCCCGAGCUGCAAAUGGCGUGUGCCUCUCGUGGUCUGCGGACCCAUGGUAUGUCCCCUGGAAGGCUACGAGAAGACCUCCAGAUGUGGCUUGAUCUACGUUUGAAAUACAACAUCCCUUCCACUCUGUUAGUGCUCAGCAACGCAUACAUGUACACCUCUGGCAAGGACAGCGCGAUCGACUCGCAAAUUGAUGCCUUGCAAGCUGUCCUGAGCAGCAUUCCCGAGGAGUUGUUUCACGAGAUCGAACUUGAAGUUCACAAUGCUGAAGGCGCCGCAACCAACAAACAGCGUCUAGAAGUGCUCAAGGAGCAACAAGAACUCAUCGAAGAAGAAAAUGAGCAGGCCGAGUCAAGCAAGACCGAGGACAGCAAGGUAGCCAACAAAGGGGUCAAGGAUGACAAGGAUAUUGAUGAGAAGCCUAAGGCUGAGGCUAAGGCGUCGGGCGCUGCAAAGGAGGCUCAAGAGGCUGAAACCGAUAUAUCCGAGCAGGGAAAGCAGGAACCAGUCAGGAAAGAAGAAGAGGUCAAGAAGGAUUAAGUGAUUGUGCUCCUUGAUGCUCAUUGAAGUUGGUGGUCCCUUACUCUAUGCACUAGUUCGCAACUCUCUUUUCUCGGCCAUUUGAUGGCAUAGCAUGGCAUGGAGGUCUUUGAACUUGGAUAGACUAUAGAACAGAACAAGUGACCUCAGUACGUGUGAAGAUUCGGAACAGCAGAGAGCUGGGUGAUUAGGCACAUGGGAUCAUUGCCCGCAACGAAUCUCAUUCACUUUUCUCCAGAUACUCCGUACAGAAAAUCCUGACAGGAAAAGAACUCUACUCCUGUCCGAUUUGAAAAGCAAGAACCCCUUCCGAUCUUCGUUCAUCGGUAUGUUGUGGAAGCGGGCGGGGAGCCUGGUGAGGCUGUCGAGGCGUAUGCUGAGUCAGGGGGGACGAAGAAAAUGCCUGAAUAGUGAUACGGAAAGGACACGAGGACACCAUGAUCGAGUCCUGGGUUGCUCAUCAUAUCUUUCUCGCCGUCACAAUGAGAAAAUGACAAAUAUUAGUUAGUAG